AUGAGGACCCUGAAUGCCUACCAAGACUUCACACCCACCCCAGAAGAGAGGGUGCCCCACAGCACCCAGUGCCACCGGCCGUACUGUCAGCCCUGGAAGCUUCGGGUUGUGUUGCCUGUGGAUCCCCAUUGGCUAUCCUCCUGCCCACAGUCCUGUUUGCUGUCCUCCAGAAAAGUCAUCAUGUUUCACAUGCGAAAGCGUCGGCGCUACACAUUUGAGCAAGACCUUCAGGCCAAAGUUGAGGCAGAGGGUGCACAGGUUCCAGCACCCAAGGAGCAAGAGGAGUCCUCAUCUUCCUCUUUCAGUGACUCACAUUGUUCCUUACUCUCCUCCUCUUCCCCCUCUUCCUCUUCCCCCUCCCACAUCUCCUAUCCCUCUGCUUCAUCUGCCUCAUCUUCUCCUCUGACCCUGAGCACCCAGGAAGAGGGAGAGGUGCCUACAGCUGUGACACCAAGCGAUCCUCAGAGUCCUCCAAGAUCCUCUUCUUCCCCUUCACUGAUGACCUUAGAUAGGGCCUCCAGCAGCCCAGAACAGGAGGAAAGUUCAAGCACCUUGGAGGCCUCAGCAGACACUGAGUCCUCAUUCAGUGAUAGGUUAGAAGUAAAGGUGACUGAUUUGGUGAAGUUGCUGCUUCUCAAGUAUCAAAUGAGACAGCCCAUCACAAAAGCAGAAAUGCUUAACUUUGUGUUACAAAAUUAUGAGCAUAAAUUCACUGAGAUCUUUGAGAGGGCCUCCAAGUGCAUGGAGAUGGUUUUUGGCAUUGAUGUGAAAGAGAUGGAUCCUACCAUCCCCUCCUAUGUCCUUGUCAACUCACUGGAUCUCACCUAUGGUGAGAUGCUGAGGAAUGACCCGGGCAUGCCCAAAAAUGGCCUCUUGAUACUUAUGCUGGGUAUGAUCCUCCUUGAUGACAACUGUACCUCUGAGGAGGAGAUCUGGAAAUUUCUCAAUAUGUUGGGACUGUAUGCUGGGAGGGAGCAUUUCAUUUAUGGGGAGCCCAGGCAGCUCAUCACCAAAGAUUGGGUGCAGGCAAAUUACCUUGAGUAUCGGCAAGUGCCCAAUAGUGAUCCUGCCCGCUAUGAAUUCCUGUGGGGUCCAAGAGCCCAUGCAGAAACCAGCAAGAUGAAAGUCCUAGAAUUUUUGGCCAGGGUCAAUGGGUCCGAUGUCAGGUUCUUCUCACCUUGGUUUGAGGAGGCUUUAAGAGAUGAGGAAGAGAGAGCUCAAGCCAGAGUUGCCCUCACAGGUAGUACUACUGAUAGGCCCAAUGCCCAGUGA